AAGUCAACAACACAUUGGCGAUGCGCCUGUGACUUCAAAACACAAGAACAGUUUGAGUCCACGGCAUAAAAGAUUCACAUCGUUGUUUGCAAGCAGAAUUUUUAAAAAACUUUUAAGUAUGUUUUGUCUAUCAAUCUGUCUGUUUACUUCGUUCACCGCCCAUGUUAUAAGCACAACAACGUAUUACCUUGAGGAAAAGGGAAAGAUUGGUAUCGAUCACAUUCUCUCCCGUGCGACGUUGAGUUGUACAGAAGACUGUAUUAUCUUUUGUAAUGGGGAGAAAGCCCUUACUGCAAACUAUGAUGUGACGACGGGAACGUGUGUCUGUCACUCUGUUUUUCCGGAGAUGCUCUCUCUGAUGACACAGGCAAACAACUUCAUGUACACCAAUCAGGCUUGUGCCGCGGCUGCCGGGUUUGGCUACGUGUACGACAUCUCCUCGAACUUCUGCUACAAAGUACAUACAAAAAAGACUAUCUGGAUGGAAGCCCGCGAGGAAUGCAAAAAGGAGGGUGGCGACCUGGCCAAGCUGGACACUCCGGAGAAGCGACAGUUAGUGCGAGAGAUUAUUAAAGCAGAUGGAGCCAAUGAAUACUUCCUUGGAGCAACAGACAUGGCCGAGGAUGGGGUAUGGAGAUGGGUGGUAGACGACACAGUCUUUCCAGAGUACACAAAGAAAGGAUUGUCCGAAUGUCUCGAAAUGCAAUCCGACUUAAGGCUUGAUGAUACGGGAUGCACCCACCAAGAUCAGAAAUACAUCUGUGACAUUUCCCUUCUGUGAGGGUUUUGUCACCAUAUCGCAGUUGCAGUUAAAGCUAAACAAAUGCUGAUUGUAACCAGGACAUAACGGCUGCAAUAACAGGAGCUACAUGUGGCAUGGCGUUU